GGUCGGUUCACCAUCAUCCAAUCAGUACUGUGUAGAUCAACAGUAAAGCCCCCGAAAAUACGUAAUACCCAACUGGAUUAAAUGACAUAUUAAAAUCUGUGCAGGGACCUUUUCCGUCGGCAAAACUGUGCUUCUAGAAACCUAGUUACUUUCCUAAAAAGAACUACAGGAUCCAUCAAGUGAUAACCCCCAAAAAUAACUCUUAGCUCUCAGAAAAUAAGACAUAAGAUCCUUCAAGAAAUAAACCCACAUGUGUGCAUUCUAGACCUAAAACGAACUCCUGUUUGCGGACCAUUACAUUCCAGAUUGAGUGUGUAAUUUGCAAGGGAAUCUUAAACUUUCCCCGACAUCCUUUGUAAUUCCUACACACAUCCUUGUUAAGAACUUUCUGACUAACUUCCUGAAAAGUGUUUAGACGCUCGAGAAAACUUUCGCACCUUUGCCUUACGUGAGUUGAGUGCUGUGAAAAUUGCAGAAAAGUUGAACUCGCAGCCAAAUAGCUAAAACAAAAGCGGCAAAGGAUUUUCUUUUGUGACCCGCUCGAAGUAUUGCUGCCAAAAUUUUCACGGACGGAAAUAAGCUCGGUCCUGCAGCCGCGGGCAGAGGAAUGUUUUGCUACCAGUGUCCUCCCGCUCUGCAUCCUUGCGGUCCCCACCCCCCGCGCCUACCAACUCUCGACUACCCCUUCGCCGCCACCCAUCCAUAUACCAGCUACUCGUAUCAUCCUGCCAUCCACGAUGAGACUUUUGUGCGGCGGAAGCAGCGCCGGAAUCGCACCACCUUCACCCUGCAACAGCUGGAGGAGCUGGAGACGGCUUUCGCCCAGACCCACUACCCGGAUGUGUUCACCCGCGAGGAUCUGGCCAUGAAAAUCAACCUGACCGAGGCUCGGGUUCAGGUUUGGUUCCAGAACCGCAGGGCCAAGUGGCGCAAGGCGGAGCGACUCAAGGAUGAGCAGCGGAAGCGUGAAAAUGGCGAGAGCAGCAGCUCCCUGGAUAAGCUCCACGACUCCCGUGAAUCCUCGCCGGACAUCACAGGUGAAAUAGACGACGACAUGGACGAGUUGCCGCCCCGCCAGCGGUCCCACAGUCCGCUGGCCAACGGGCAGAUGGAGCAGCAGCACUCGCUCUCCCUCUCCCACUCGCACUCGCAUUCGCGCAGUCCGGGCGGCGGAAUGCACCUGGACUCCAGCGACAACGAGCGGCCGCUCUCCUCCAACCAGCUGGCCGCCACCCCGCACUCCGCCUCCCAGUCGCUGGGCUCCAUCAGCGCCGGCUCGCCCUCGCCCUCGGGGAUGCACCGGGAGCGGGAAAGGGAGCGGGAGCGGGACAGGGAGCACACGCCGUUGGCCGCCGGCGGGGAGGGGCCGAGCAGCCCCUCCAACUCGCGCAACACGGACUCGCCCAUCGAGGUGGGCGGACCCAUGUCCCUCACCACGGGCUCCCGCAUGCCGCCCUCCUCGAACAACUCGGCCUCGUCCACGCCCACGCCCACCACCCCGCACGCCCCCCAGCUGCCGCACUCCUCGGCGGCUGCGGCGGCCGCCUUCGGGAGCCACAUCUUCGGCAACUUCGGAGGCGGCAGCAGCACCAGCGAUAGCAACUGCGGCUUCCGCCCGGUGCUGAGUGAACAGAGCGCCGUGGCAGCAGCGGCGGCGGCAGCGGCGGCCCAGCGGACCGCCAACCACCCACCGCUCUUCCUGCCGCCCCACCUGGCCGCCCAGUUCACCCACCAGCCGCUCUUCCCGGGCCUAAAAGGUGUGUCGCCCUUCCAGAGCCUCUGCUCCUGCUGCUCCCUGAAACCGCCGCCGCCGCCAGGAUCUUCGGUGGUGGCGCCCCUGAGCAUUCCGGUGAGCAGCAGCUCGGCGGCCAGUUCGCCGGAGUCGCCCAAGUCCUCCGGCCAGGGGUCCGGCCACGAUCCGCGCUCCAACUCGGUGGCCGAGCUGCGGCGGAAGGCGCAGGAGCACUCGGCGGCCCUGCUGCAGUCGCUCCACGCGGCGGCUGCUGCCGGAUUGGCCUUUCCAGGACUCCACCUGCCACCCCUCUCCUUCGCCCACCACCCGGCCUUGGGGCAGCAUGUGGUGAACCACAACAACAACAACACGAUGCGGAUGAAGCACGAGGCGCAGGACAUGACCAUGAACGGCCUGGGUCCGGGAUCAGGAUCAGGAUCGGGAUCAGGGGGAGGAGGAGCGAUGCCAGGAGGCAGUUUGGAUCUGGCCGAGUCGGCAGGGGCAUAUCAACACCAACAGCACGCCACCCUGUCGCCCCCAACCACGCCUACACAGCCGUCGUCGGGGGGCGUGGCAGCGGCUGAAGGCUCGCCAGGCUCAGGAUCGGGAUCAGGAGCAGUCGCAGGAUCCAGUUCUUUGAACGGCAACGCCUUGCUCACCAAGAUGGAGUAAUUGGGAUGUGACCACGAACACAAAACUUCAGAUUGUGCAAUUCUAAUUUCGUAUUAAGGGUCUAAAUGGGUAUUUAGUUUCCCAGAUUUCCAAUAUUUGUACUAAAGUCUAAAACCUGUUAAAUUAAAUACCCAAACUGGAUUGUCUUUAACAAUAAGCAGUGAAAACCUUUAAAAAUUAAAUACUAGUCUAAGUAUAAUCGAGUAAGAACACAGAAAAGCAAAGAAAAAAUCAACAGAAUAUAGCAGUACAGCACUUUCAAAACAUAUAUAUUAGAAUACGGUUAGUUGUUGUUGGUUCCGGCAGAUAGAGAUAUAGACGUACCCACUACCUAAUCAGCAACAGGCGAAGACCAUUCCCAUGAUUAACAAUAUCAACUAAAAGCAAAUGCAUAUGAACAACAUAUACAAGUAAUAACACAGUAUAUAUACAGUAUAGGAACCCCUACAGUACAUAGAGAUAGCUAAGGAAUCGGA